UUGAGAGUGAGAAUUCAUGUUAUUAUUUUUCUUUUGUUCAUCCUGUCAUUUCAUCGAUGAAAUCAGGAUUAAAUAUUAGUUUGAUGGCUUAAAAAACAUGAAUAAUCACAACCAUUUUAAUCACCACGUCAGGGCAAGAUCAGAGGUUAAUCACACUGUGUAUGAAGAUGAUGCUCCUAUUAAUAAAAAGCUACCAAAGGAACUCUUACUAAGAAUUUUUUCCUUCUUAGAUGUUGUGUCACUGUGUAGGUGCGCUCAAGUAUCCAAGUUUUGGAAUAUCUUGGCAUUAGAUGGAAGCAAUUGGCAGAGGGUGGAUCUAUUUGACUUUCAAAAGGAUGUUGAGGGUCCUGUUGUGGUGAACAUAUCAGAGAGAUGUGGAGGAUUUCUCAAGUCACUGAGUUUACGUGGCUGUCAGUCUAUAACAGACAAAGCAUUACAGAUAUUUGCAGAAUCUUGUAGAAAUAUUGAAGUACUUAAUUUAAACAAUUGUAAGAAAAUCUCAGACUUAACAUGUGAAAGUUUAGGACAUUACAGUAAGAAACUACUAGUGCUAGAUUUAAGUUCUUGUUCAGAAGUAACAAAUAAUUCAUUGAAGGCACUCAGUGAGGGGUGUAAAUUAUUAACCUAUCUAGACAUAUCAUGGUGUACAGAAAUAUCUAAUGGUGGUGUGGAAGCCUUGGCUAAGGGUUGUCCUAAACUCUCAACAUUUAUCAGUCAAGGUUGUCAACAGAUAACAGAUGCAGGUAUAGUAGCAUUAGCUGAAAACUGUGACAACUUAAAAAGAUUGAAACUACUAGGAUGUCAACAAAUAACUGAUGAUUGUUUGAGUAUAGUAGGACAAAAAUGUCAUAAUUUAAAUAAUGUUUGUGUGUCAAAUUGUCCGCGAUUAACAGAUACUACACUAGUGGCGCUUGGCGCCGGAUGUGUUGACCUUAAAGUAUUGGAAGUAGCUGGUUGUACUCAUUUAACAGAUAAUGGAUUCCAAACUUUAGCUAGAACGUGCACAAAAUUAGAAAAGAUGGAUCUGGAAGAAUGCAUACAGAUUACUGAUUCUACACUUGCUCAUCUAGCAACUUAUUGUACUAAACUCUCAAACCUUAGUCUUUCUCAUUGUGAGCUAAUAACAGAUGAAGGUAUUAGACAUAUAGGAUCUGGAGCAUGUUCUACGGAAUAUUUACAAGUACUAGAACUAGAUAAUUGUCCCUUGAUAACUGAUGCCUCACUAGAUCAUUUAAUGGGAUGUCAGGGAUUAGAACGUAUAGAAUUAUAUGAUUGCCAAUUAAUAACUAGAGCUGGAAUACGCAGAUUAAGGUCUCACCUACCAGAUAUCCGAGUUCAUGCAUAUUUUGCUCCUGUAACACCACCGCCUUCUGUUGGUGGAGGUCGGCAACGAUAUUGCAAAUGUUGCGCUAUUCUUUGACGAAAAGUACUGGCAGCGGAGUAUUCGCUGUUCAAAUUCCACAUUGCUUCAGCCAUUCUUGGAAUUGGUAACUUGUUUUGCCAACACAUUGGACCAAACAUUACAGUGUGAACUCUCCAUUUGUGCUUUCUUCGUGAUUAUUUUCUUUUCUCAUGUCAGCUAUGAAGAUCAGACCUCCCCUGGUGGCACAGUUUGUGGUUAGAGUUCUACUGUAUACCUACACCUGUAGAACGUAAAACAAUGUUUGUCCAAUGAUUGCAGUGAUUUUGAGUUAUUUAUUCAAAUUAUGUGGUGACGUUAAAUUAAGACUGUUAGAAAAUUCAUUUAAUUUUGUAAGUCGAAUGAAAAGUUGUUGAUAUAUACGUGUAUAUAUUUUAAAAAAAAGAAUGACUAUUAUUAUUAGCAUGAAUACAAUUUUUGGAAUUUUGUUAUGGAAUUGAUAAGAAGUUGUUACAAUGAUAAAGUAGAAAAGAAUAACAUAGAUUAUAAAUAUGGAUAAAGUCUGUGAUAAAAGGAAUAAAUAAAAUAUUCUCUCCACAAUUGAAGACAGAAACACAAAGUAGAAUUACCAAAAGCUGUUUUAGUAGAUUUUUUUUUAUAUUCUAGUUCAUUCCUUAUUUUCGACAAAAUUAUUUUAUAUGGGAUAAAUUAAUUUAAUUGUUUUAUUUAAACAAACAGUUUUUGAGCAAUAAUAUUUCACUGGUCUAUAUCUCAAAAAAGUAAAUCAAGAUCAAUUUUAUGAAUUUGCAAUCUUUAUUUGAAUUGGAAUUUUAUUUUAGAUUUUAAAUCAUUUUAAGCAUCAAAGAAAUGGUCUCUGGAAAACUGAAACACCUAAUCGUAAUCAGUUUUAUACUUUAUGACUCUCUUAAUUAAAACUAAUCCAGAACUUUCUGCUCGAUGCCAUUGUAACAUUUCAUUGUUUAAGUAUGCCACAGACCUAUUUUGUCAGGAAUUUAAAUUUGAUUUUUAUCCUGAAAGUGUGUUGGCAUUUAUCCCUUUUUAACCUGUAAAUGUUAUUUUUCCAUAGACAUUAUAUGGUUAGAUUAAUCAGGAAAUAUGUACUAUGUUCAGGCUAUUUGAUAUGGUACAUGUACAUAUUUGAUUAUGUGAUCAAUCAAAGGGUUAAUAAACCUUGGUCCUGUUGCAUGGUUACAGAACAUGAAUAUUCAAUAGCGCUCUUUGGUUGAUUUACAUAUGGGCAUAAAGUGUGUGUAUGCUUUCUGCAUCAGUGAUCUUGUAGAAUUUAAAAAAAUUAGGAAUAGCAAAUUGUUUUAUUGUCUAAAGAAAUAGAUGUAACAAGGUGUAGUUUAACUACAUUUUAUAUACCCCAUGUUGUGUGCAGAAAACAUAACUGUCUCUUUAUGUUUAGUUGGUUUUUAAAAAAAAUGGGGAUUCAACCCUACAUGUAGGUGGACCAUGCAUAGAACAUGGGCUAUAUAGAAUCUAGUUGUACUGUAAGUGAAAUUUAUAUCAUGGAUUUAUUAUAUCUCAUUUUUUAAAAAAAAAUUCCAGAAUGAAAAAAAUCUCUGGAUUUGUUAAGUUAUUUGUUAUGGGUGAAUCUUCGUUUGUUUGAAAUUUUAAAAGAAAACAACAGGAGUUUUCCGAGUUAUGAAUGUACUGCACUUCAGAAAUCUUUAAUCUGAUAAACGUGUUCCGAGUUAUGGAUGAUUUGUUUUGAAUUAUUUAUCUAUAUAAUCAGAUAUAUAUGUUGAUGCAUGGUUUUUGUUCAUAUGUAGGACAAAAGAGAUAGAUUGUGCAAUUUUGACUGGACUUCUUUUUAACGCACUUAAAGUGCAACAUAUUUCAUCUCGAAAAAGAAUAAUUUUUUUUAUUUCUUUUGAUACAUCAAUACAUAGUUAUGUAUUUGUGAUGUGGACUGACGGACAUAAAUAGUAAAAACUAUUGUGAGAAAAAAAAUUGUGUUCAUGGCCACAAUGUGACUGUAGAUAUUUUUUAUUUUCAUGGAAGCUUAUAUUAAUAUUAAUUGGAUUGUAAUGCACAUUCCUGGGAGCAAAAGUCAUAUAGACUUUAAAUAAUUACAGAAUGAUUAAAUUCUUAUACAGGAGUAUGUAACAACCUGGACUUUAGCCAUUUAUUUAUUAACAUUGAAUUAAGAAUAAGUUUUGUAUUAAAAAUAUAUAAUUUAUAAAUUGUAUGUACCACAGCGCCUACUAAUUGUCUGCCAUCAUUUCAUCAUGGCUAUCCUUUUAAUAUCAACUUUAUAUACAUCUUGUAAGUCUUUUAUAUCUUUUUAGCCGUCUGUCAUUGGUAUAAAGAUAACUCUAUUUAUAGGCUACUCAAGGCUUUUACUUUGUGUGUUUUUUGUUUUCAUUAGCUUGUUUAUUAUUUAAUGUAUGGUAGUUAAUAUGUUACACUGUGAUAUAGUUAAAAUAUGAUAUUAUUUUGCGAUGUUUGUUUAGUUAUGUAGUCACUUUAGCAAAUAAUUUACUUGUAAAGUUCAUUUCAUUACGGCAAUGUUUGCAAAGCUGGUCUUAGCAGACCUUUUUGAUUAUCCAGUUUGGCCAUAUAUUCAUACAUUAUUAUGAAACGCUGUAGCUGUCUUAUGUUGAGCCGUUUUGGGAUGUCUUGUUAACCGAGUGUUUUGUCAAAUGAGUGUUUUGUCUUGUUAACCGAGUGUCUGGUCUUGUUAAAAUGGCAUUGUAUCUUCGCAAAUUACCAUAUCUUCCUCCCAAACUAUCAUAUCUUUUUAAGUGUUAUGCUAUCUUGUGGUAUCUUCUUGGUCAUAAUUUAUAUCAUGAUAAACUUACAUGCUGUCUUGUCUAAAUCUUCUUAAAUGGAAAUGCUAUGUUGUACAAAUACUGUGUUAAGUUCUUUAAAUGGUGAGAAAUUAACAUGGUAUAUAGACAAAAUAGCAUGUUAGUUUAACAUAAUAUACAUUAUGAUCUAAUGAGACAAUACCACAAGAUAGCAUAACACUUAAGAAGAUAUGAUAGUUUGUGAGGAAGAUAUCAUGGUAAUUUGAGAAGAUACAAUACCAUUUUAACAAGACAAGACACUCAGUUAACCAGACAUCACGAAACAUCUGAACAUAAGACAGCUACGACGCUCCAUACAUUAUUAUCAUUCUGGGCAUUCUUUCAACUUUUAAAAUGUUAUUGUUUUUAGGUUAAAUUCAUCUUCAAUUACCUCUGCCAUAGCAUAACUGUUCAUUUUAUCGUGGAUGAUGAACUUGUUCUGAUAAAUCAAAUCUUGGUCGUGUGUCGCUAAGCUCAGACUCAUGGAAAUCCGGGUAGCAUAUCUGAAGUUUUACCCAGGGAAAACCCAGAACGGUUAUUUGUAUUUUAUCUACUGAUACAAAGAAAUGGCCAUUUGUGAUAGAAAUUUAACAUUAAUAUCAUACUAGUGAAAUCCUUUCAGUUUAAGAAACUGCAUUAAAUUGUCUAUUUUAUGACAAUCACAAAAUAUUUGUGGAAUUGAUUAAUGUUAAUGUUGAACAAUGUUAAAAGCUUUAUAUUGUCAUAGAUACACAAGGGUUUGUUGACAAAAGUAAGUCAGUGUUGUAUGAAGAAAAAUGUGUAAAGCAAUUUAAAAGGCUAAAUUGUAGCAAGUUACAGAUUUACUUCCACUUAUACAUAGCCAAAGUACAUUUUAUGGUACAAACUUCUUUAAAGAUACUUUCCCGCAUACAAAUAAGUUGGUGGUUUGAUGAAAUAUUUUGACUAAAAACAUAUUCAAAUUAAUUAAUCUAUCAAAAAUUUGUGUCAAAUUCCUUUCAAAACAUUGCAAUCUGAUUAAAACACAGAUCCUAUUUUGUUUUGCUUUUUAUUGUUCAAAAUUUCGUUUUACUUGUCUUUACUACACUAGGAUCUGGAAGAGUGGUUACAUAACCUGCGUUCUGUUUAAUGGGACGGAUUAGCCAACGCAACGGUCUGUUACGGCAAGUUUUUGGCGUGCAAUGCCAACAUCAAUGCUGAUUGGUUAAUCAAAUGUCUGAUGUCAUAGGGUCAAAAGCCGCCCGCAUGACCCCCUGAUACGACCUUCCACAACAACCGGUCAGAUCUUCAUGUAAUGCAGACCUUCGAAAGUUUAAAAAAAAAGAAAACGGAACGAAAUAUAGAUCUGUAUUUUAAUCAGAUUGAAAACAUUGUAUUCGCGAGAAAAAAGCCCAAGCUAUUAUGAAAAAUAUAUUAAAAGAAGUCAUGUUUAUGUCACAUGACUUGGCUAUCACUGUAACUAGCAACGGGUGCAAAGCCGGAGGAGAAUUCAUUGCAAAUAAAAUACAAUGUUGUCUUUAAGCGCUGUCCGUGGAUGUCUGAAUGGUUAGUGCGCGUGUGUUGUAUCGUAAGGUCUGUCAAUAAAUCAACCGGCGUGGUUUCGAUUCCCAAGGUCUGUCAAUGAAUCAACCGACGUGGUUUCGAUUCCCAGGUUGUACGUGACAAGGAGUAGGUUUGUCUGUCCAACCUUGUGGGUUACCUCUAGGUCCUCCAGUUUCCUCCCACUGCUACGCGCAAGUGGAUUAUUGAAAUGAAAUUGAAUCUUAUGUUAGUCCCGAAAUGAUCUAGUUUGUGUCGAGUGGACGUUAAACCCCAUCUAUCUUUCUCUCCUUCUCAGAAACUGUUGUACGCUUAAGACUCUCACCCUUUCACGUCCACUCACCAUAAAGUUUAUCAACAUAUACAGCAAGCGCUCUCUAAUGCAAAGAGAUCAGACAAUCUACGCAUGCAACCCUUUCAUUUUUGUCCUGUGCACGCUCCAUGGGUGUUUUUGAAGGAAUCCAGUAUUUUUCUAGUAAGAUUGGGUGUGGCGUAUUGUAAACCAUGUAAUGGCAUGAGAAGGCCUGAGAGGUCUGUUGAAACCUUCACUUGAAAUUCAGUUCGCUGUUACUCGCCAGCUUUAGAAUGUUUGACGAUAAUCACAGUCCUGUGUCUCAAAUAUUUCUACUGCUUUUAAAGACCCCUGCACACAAGUGAAUUAUUCAAUUAACAAUAAACCAUAUCUUAGUUCUGAAAUGAACUGGUCAUUGCUUACAAAGUACCGUUUGGCUUUCCGAAAUGACCUGAUCAGUGUUGAGUGGACAAUGUACUGUUUGGCUUUCCGAAAUGACAAUAUACCACUUGUCUUUCGGAAAUGACCUGGUGAGUGUCUCUUGCUUGCAAUCUGAUUAAAAUACAUCUAUAUUUCGUGCCAGCUAUUUAUAUUUUUGAUGGCCUCUACGCAUCAAGAUCUGUGGGAGGUUGCGCAAGUAGGGAGUCAUGUGAGCAGUCAUUGACCCUAUGACAUCAGUCAUUCGAUUAAACAAUCCGCAUCGGUACACGCAAGUGAAUAUUUGGUAAUACAACUUUUACUUUGCUUUGUUCUCUAUCGCUGUGAAUGUCUACCCACAGUUCUGCGAGGCAAACGAUAAGAACUCAACUCAACAGACCAUUUAAUAGGCUAAUCCCUUGCAUCAACUAGAACGCCAGUCAUUUAACAACUCUUCCAGGUCCUAGCUGUAGUGAAGAUAAGUUUGAACUAUAAACAAACGAAAUGUAAAAGGGUCUGUGUUUUAAUCAGAUUGUCUCGCUUGAAGGAAUAUAUUGUCUUGCAUGUUUUAUAUACUACCAAUGCACCGUAGCUUGCCUUGCCAACCAUUAUUUACUAGCAUUGUAGAUCUGUUUGUAGUUUAUUAUGUUUAUAUAAGCAAAUGUUAAAGAUAUGACUCUAUUUCUGCCUGGUUGUGCUUGUCUAUAGACUGUCUACCAAUAUUAAAGUACAAUGUAAGUGUAUAAAUUAUGUAAAUGUAUAUAAAAAAAUUAAUUAAUGUAAAUAUAUGUUAUAUAAACCAUGUGACAAUUUUA